GUCCAGGUGAACUUUGGUUCGGGUUUACCUGUUGCUUUACCUGGCGAUCACCUGGAGGGGGCGUGCCAGUUUUCAAGAAGAGAGCAUUUAUUACCACUGGAUGUUUUUGCUGGACAGCUGUGGACAUGUCAAUAUCUAUGGCUGCACUGAAGCAGCUCCUAUCUCGGACCAACACCCUCUGGAAACCGGCAGCCAGGUGCCUGGCCCAAUCCGCACAACAGAAGCUGUUACCAGACGACUAUGACUACGAUGGACCACAUGUUGUUACACAGGUUCCAGGGCCUCGCUCAAAGAUGCUGCUGAAGUCCUUGGACAACAUUCAGAACACGGAGGCGGUUCAGUUCUUCUGUGACUUCAAGAAGAGCAGAGGAAACUGGCUGGUGGAUGCUGACGGCAACCGUCUUCUGGAUGUGUACAUGCAGAUAGCCUCUCUACCGCUGGGCUACAACCACCCUGCCGUUGUUUCGGCUCUUACUGACGAAAACAACCUGAGUGCAUUUGUGAACCGUCCUGCGCUGGGAGUACUACCCCCUGUUGACUUUCCUGACACUUUGCAGAAGCUUUUGCAGGUGGCUCCACCGGGGUUCUGUCAGGUGCAGACAAUGGCGUGUGGCACCUGCGCUAAUGAGAAUGCUUUCAAGGCUGUCUUCUUCUGGUACAGGGCUAGACAGAGAGGCAGUCUAAUCCCCACAGAAGAAGAACUGGAGUCGUGUAUGAGACAUGAAGAGCCAGGUAGCCCAAAUUUGACCAUACUUGGCUUUGAAGGUGGAUUCCAUGGCAGAACCAUAGGUUGCUUGAGUAGUUCCCACUCAGCACCCCUCCACAAGGUGGACAUGCCGGUACUGGACUGGCCCAUCGCACCUUUCCCUGUCACCAAGCAUCCUUUAGAUGUGAACGCACAGGAAAAUAGGCUGGAGGAGGAGAGGUGUCUGGACAAGGUGUUUCAGUUGAUGCAAGAGUACAAGAACAAGGGCCGACCGGUAGCUGGGGUAGUGGUGGAGCCCAUCCAGUCUGAAGGGGGGGAUCGCCAUGCCUCCAACAGCUUCUUUAGACAGCUGCGGAAACUAGCAAAGGAGAAUAGGUCAGCCUUUGUUGUUGAUGAGGUGCAGACUGGGGCGGGUCUGACAGGGAAGAUGUGGGCACACGAGCACUGGGGCCUGGAGGAGUCUCCGGACAUCGUCACCUUCUCCAAGAAGAUGGUGAUCGGAGGGCUGUACUUCAAGGAGGAGUUCAGGCCAAAAGGGGCCAUGCGGAUCAUGAACACAUGGCUGGGAGAUCCUGCCAAGCUGGUGAUUUUGGAAGCAGUGUUGAACGUGAUUCAACAAGAUCGGCUGUUGGACAACAUGACAGAGACUGGACAGGUGAUCUUACAAGGACUGGAGAAAAUACAGGACAAACAUGCUGAAGUUUUCUCUAAUGCUCGUGGAAGAGGGGCCUUCUGUGCUGUUGACUUCCCAAACACUUCGACCAGAGACAGAGCUGUAGCAACACUAAGGAACAAAGGUGUGCAGUGUGCAGGCUGUGGAGCGAAGGCUCUUCGGAUCCGACCAGCGCUCAUCUUCCAGCCGCACCACGCCAGAAUGUUCCUGGACAUCCUGGAGGACACAGCACUGGAGCUGAAGUCACUGGGGACGUGAUUCUCCCAACUUCAUCAUCGAAACUAACUUUUCAGUCUUUUGGUAACUGUUAUUCAGUCCUUUACGUGGAUAAGCCAAGGGCACACAAUACAAUACUAGUACCCUAAAACAGUCUCCACUUUAAGUCUGGAAUUCCAUUUUCCCCAUUUCGACAAGUGCUAAUAUUUUCAGGAUAAAAGCACUUGGUCCAAAGCUUUUACAGAUGAUUGAUAAGUGAAAUAUGAUAAUAACUUUCUAACACUGUUCUAAGUAUGUGAUCUCAUCACCAUAUCUAACUACACAAUACCCUGCAACAACAUCCUAAAUGGUACACGUAUACAAUGUACGUGGAUAUGUGUCCGUCCAUUACAAGGAAACUUGUAUAUCAUUUUCUCAUUAAAGAAUACCAUCACACUGCAUCCUA